AUGGCUCCUAUCGCUAAACAAUGCUUUCGGAAUGCAGCCAAAAUUGUAGGGUAUUCGAAACUCUAUAACUUCAUUCUUUGGUUCGUUUUUGGCGGUGCCCUUCUUGGAUUCACUUUUGCGCGCCUUCAGUACCUUCACCUCGACACCUACGCAAAAGAAUCAGCACCAGGCGAAUGGUAUUACGCACAUACGGGUCGGGGUCGAGUUGGAAUUGUUCUCCAUCUGGCUACCAUCUUGCCCUGUGCGAUUCUUGUGGUUUUCCAGUUCACCCCGGUAAUCCGGCGACGAUGGGUCACGUUUCAUCGCAUAAAUGGAUACAUUAUCUAUAUCCUAUUUAUGGUUUCGAAUGCUAGUGCGCUUAUGAUUAUGCCGCAUACAUUUGGUGGAGGAUUGGAUGUCCAAUCAUUCACCGUUAUGCUCGUCGCUGCUUGCACAAUCAGUGUCGGUAUGGCCUGGUACAACAUUCGUCGAUUACAGAUCGAGCAGCAUCGAGCUUGGAUGUUGCGCGCUAUGUUUUAUAUGGGGUGCAUUGUGACCAUCAGACUCAUCCUCGUGAUUUUAGCCGUGGUCGUUAGUCGCAUACAGCCUUCCCGACAUGACGUGUGGUCUUGCGAACAAAUCCGGUUUACAUACGAGCAGCGGGAGUCCUUUACUGAUGUAGCAGAAGUGCUGGCACAACGAUAUCCGAUUUGCGCAUCUGCUACUUCCCAAAAUAUGAGCUCGACCUUCACGCCAAUCGAAGCGAGUCUUCUUGCCGACGAUGUCGCGCAGAAAGGCGCGGCGCUAGAUUUGAGCUUUGGUAGCGCUGGUUGGAUUUCCUUCUUUCUUCAUCUUAUCGGAGUGGAGAUUUAUCUCCGUCUUACACCGAGAGAAGCUGAGCGUUUGCGCGACGUGAGCUUUGAGAGACAACUGGCGGCUGGGUAUGAAAACCCGGGUAGUUCCGGGUUAGUGAUCGAGAAUUGGGGAGAUGCAAAACAGUGGAAUCGAGGAUAAUAGGAAACGAGAGUUGCUGUGAUCGUUAAAAACAAAGGGGGAGCUCAUAGUUUUGUUUAUUCUCCAUAGUUUUUGUUGAAUUACAGAGCUAACCGAAUCUCAAAUAAGAUAUCGUGGAUUUUAUA